CAAGACAUCAUGCGUUACACUGCGCUCUCCUCUGCUGUCCUUUUGGCAGUGGCCACAGCUCCCGCGCUCGCUCACCCGGUCACCACUCGCGCGACCGAGGAUGCCUCCAUUGUUGAGCGUAAACUCCAGAAUGGGCUAGUGAAGUAUGGCCACUACGACGACCUCGUCUCUCGGAACCUCGAGGCACGCUGGACCGUGGAUCCUGAAGAGGAGAAGAGGCGCGCUGGGGAGGUGCUUGCGCAGAGGAGGCGGACGCAGGCCGAAGCGCGGCAGGCCCGUGCGCAGGCCCAUGCGCAGUGGAAGGCCCAUGAGGACACCAAGUACCGUCUUCUGUGCAACGCGCUGGCAGCACACACCCAGAAUCGUCUCCAGAGCCAGGCUGGGCCGAGUCGUUCGCCUCAUACGCCGCCGAACCGCAGCCGGAGCGACGAGGAUGCUUCAAUGAUUGAGCGUGAGCUCCAAGACGGACUGGUGGAGCGCGGCUACUACGACGACCUCCUCGCUCGGGACCUCGAGGCGCGCAACAACGCUGAACCGGAAACGGCUGAGCAGCGCGCCGCGAGGGAGAGACAGGAGAGGGAGAGUCGCUGGCAUCAGGGUCAGGGCCGUGGUCACUCCGCGGGGACUUCCAACGGGCCAGUUCAGCAGCCCAGUCUUCGGCCUGGUCCGCGUCAGUCACCGUGGCGCCCGUGGGCUCACCGCCAGGCAAGUUCCCAUCCCAGAUCCAGGAGGAGCUUCCUGGAGGACGCCCUCGACGGCGGGCUGUUCACCCGGACGAUUGAGGAUGCCUCCAUGGUUGAGCGUGAGCUCCAAGACGGACUGGUGGAGCGCGGUGACAAAUUGAAAGCGGCUAAGGGGCGUUCUCCGAAGGAAGCUGCGCUGAAGUGGCAUUCGCAGGUCGUGGCGAAGGGGAUGGGCAUGUUGAUAGAAGCCAAAAAGAAACAAGCUGAGCCUUCGCCGCCGCAAGGUGGCUCGAGGCAGAACAACGGGGCAGGGCGGGGGCGGGAGCCCAUCACCGUCGCCGGCCGUAACGUGAAGACUCAGUCGCCAAACAUCCCGAGCAGUAAAAACGGUGCAUGGCCCGGUGGGAGAGUAUGCUCCGCGAUCAGCGCUCAGCGCAGCGGUGUGGUGCACCCGUACCGUUAG